GCACCAACAGCCCCUGCCAGCAGCCUGCAAUCGCUGGAGCUCCCGGCUCCUCCGCCUCUCCCUCCUCCUCCUUCUCCUCCUCCUCCUCCUCCUCCUCCUCCUCCUCGCUGCCCACCGGCCUGCGGCACCCCUCGGCGGCCUCCGGCCCCACCAGAGCACAGACAAUGACUUCAUGCGGAUUAUGCAUCUGAAGAAAUCACCAGCUCCCAGAUAGCCACAGGGGGAGGCAUCCAUCCAUCCAUCCAUCCCUCCAUCCAUCCCUCCAUCCCUCCAUCCAUCGCUCCAUGUGGUUGGCAGGGCAGCAGCCUCCCGCUCUCCUCCCGCUCCUCUCCUCGCACCCAUCGGCCGCCUUCUCUCCGGCAAUGGUCUCCUCCGGUCCCCCCGAGCGGCGCUGAGCGAGGCCCCGACGCAUCCCCGCUCCCACGCUUGCACCAAAGAGCGGCCCCCCCGGGCUGCCGACGCGGACCAUGAUGGACCUGAAGGUGGACGAGGAGGAGGUGGACAGCGGGCAGCCGGUGAGCAUCCAGGCCUUUGCCAGCAGCUCCACCCUGCACGGGAUCUCACACAUCUUCUCCUACGAGCGGCUGUCGCUGAAGCGCGUGGUCUGGGCUCUCUGCUUCAUGGGUUCUCUGGCUCUGCUCGCCCUUGUCUGCACCAACCGCAUCCAGUACUACUUCCUCUACCCGCACGUCACCAAGCUGGACGAGGUGGCUGCCACCAGGCUCACCUUCCCUGCUGUCACCUUCUGCAACCUCAAUGAGUUCCGCUUCAGCCGGGUGACCAAGAACGACCUGUAUCACGCUGGUGAACUCCUCGCCCUGCUCAAUAACAGAUAUGAGAUCCCGGACACGCAGACAGCUGAUGAAAAGCAGCUGGAAAUCCUGCAGGACAAGGCAAACUUCCGAAACUUCAAGCCCAAACCUUUCAAUAUGUUGGAGUUUUAUGACCGUGCCGGCCACGACAUCAGGGAGAUGCUGCUCUCCUGCUUCUUCCGUGGGGAGCAAUGCAGCCCUGAAGACUUCAAAGUGGUGUUCACACGCUAUGGCAAAUGCUACACCUUCAAUGCAGGGCAGGACGGCAAACCCCGGCUCAUCACCAUGAAGGGGGGCACUGGAAAUGGCCUGGAGAUCAUGCUGGACAUCCAGCAGGACGAGUACCUCCCUGUGUGGGGGGAAACAGAUGAGACCUCAUUUGAAGCUGGGAUCAAGGUGCAGAUCCACAGCCAGGAUGAGCCACCCUACAUCGACCAGCUGGGCUUUGGUGUGGCACCCGGCUUCCAGACCUUCGUGUCCUGCCAGGAGCAGCGGCUCAUCUACCUGCCACCUCCCUGGGGAGACUGUAAGGCCACAACGGGUGACUCGGAGUUCUACGACACUUACAGCAUCACAGCCUGCCGCAUCGACUGCGAGACCCGCUACCUGGUGGAGAACUGCAACUGCCGCAUGGUGCACAUGCCAGGCGAUGCCCCUUAUUGCACCCCAGAGCAGUACAAGGAGUGCGCAGAUCCGGCCUUAGAUUUCCUGGUGGAGAAGGACAAUGAGUAUUGUGUCUGUGAGAUGCCCUGCAACGUCACCCGCUACGGCAAAGAGCUCUCCAUGGUGAAGAUUCCCAGCAAAGCCUCUGCUAAGUACCUGGCCAAGAAGUACAACAAGUCAGAGCAAUACAUCGGGGAGAACAUCCUGGUGCUGGAUAUCUUCUUUGAAGCCUUGAACUAUGAGACGAUUGAGCAGAAGAAGGCGUAUGAGGUGGCUGGAUUGCUGGGUGACAUCGGAGGACAGAUGGGGCUGUUUAUCGGGGCCAGCAUCCUCACUGUGCUGGAGCUGUUUGACUACGCCUAUGAGGUGAUCAAGCACCGGCUGUGCCGGCGGGGCAAGUGCCGUAAGAACCACAAGAGGAACAACACGGACAAGGGCGUCGCACUGAGCAUGGAUGACGUGAAACGCCACAACCCCUGCGAGAGCCUACGGGGUCACCCGGCCGGCAUGACGUACGCAGCAAACAUCCUACCUCACCACCCAGCCCGGGGAACCUUUGAGGACUUCACCUGCUAACCGACGUCUGGAUGUACAACAACCCGAGCUACCAAAGCCCUCCGGAGCGCUGCCCUUCUCCUAGAGGAGAGACACAGCCAGGGGACCUCGCUCGAAGCCACGGCGGGACGCGGACAAGAGCGGCGGCCUCAGAUUUUGGGGCAGGCGGCCGGGCCGGGCCGUGUUGGCUCAGAGACUGGAGGAGGCUGCAGCCCAGCCGCGGAGCCACGCACAGCGGGCCGGGGCGCGGGCCUGCCCCGUCUCCUCCCCCUCGGCUCCCCUCGGCCUUUUUAACUAGAAACCCAGAAGCCAAGAAGAAGCAGCCUUCGGGCCGCAAGAGUCUCCAUCCACAGCCCUGUUCGUCUGUCCGUCCGUCCAUUGUCUCCAUGCUCAUUCUGCUCCCCAGAGCUCAGCCUGCGCCUGUUCCCAUGCCUGGCAUCAUCUCAGAGCCCCGCAGCCCCAGCAGAGCCCACUGGGCUCCACGUGCACAAAACAGAGCAGCUCCACAUCUCCAAAAUGUCUUCCUCGGCCUCCGUCCCGGGGAUGGCAGCGUUGGGCCGCUGGGGGAGCAGCAUGGAGGGCUGCGCCUUGGGGGACCACUGAGGGCCUGCAGCCUGGUCAUGGUGUGGGGUUCUGUGAUGGUGUGGGGCUCUGUCGUGGUGUGGGGCUUUGUGAUGGUGUGGGGCUCUAUCGUGGUGUAGGGCUCUGUGAUGGUGUUGGGCCCCAACAUGGUGUGAGGCCCUGUCAUGGUGUGGGGCCCCAACAUGGUGUGGGGCUCUGUGAUGGUGUGGGGCCCCAACAUGGUGUGAGGUCCUGUCAUGGUGUGGGGCGCUAUCGUGGUGUGGGGCCCCAACAUGGUGUGGGGCUCCGUGAUGGUGUGGAGCUCUGUGAUGGUGUGGGGCUCUGUGAUGGUGUGGGGCCCUAUCAUGGUUUGGGGCUCUGUGAUGGUGUUGGGCCCCAACAUGGUUUGAGGCCCCGUCAUGGUUGUAGGGCCUCAUUGCCCUGUCACAGUGUGGCCUCCCUACCCCACAGUCCCCAGGAAAUCUGGGGUUCCCCCCACGCAGCCCCCAAAAUGACCAUCCUUGGGGAGAAAACCACAGGGAAAGCUCCAGCUCCCAUUGGCACCACAUUGCCUGGGCAGCCAUAGGAGCCCCAGCAUCAACAAAGUGACAGGUUUAAGGGACACCCUACAGACCACAUGGUCCAUGGGACCGCAGGCUCCCACCCCACCAAACCCCCAACAACAGCCACCCCUGGGGGCCAUGAGCCCUGGGCACCAUCAAAGCUCACAGCCCAGGCCCCCUACCCCUUCCCAUUGCUGCCCCCUCCCAGCAGUGGGGCCAUUGGCCACCCCCAGCCCCCCGCAUCAAGCAAGAGCCCUCAUGGGGCUGAAGUGCUUCUUCUCUUUAAGAGCUUUUGCAAUAAGUCUUUUUAGUAGUUAUUCUUUCUAGACUCUCUUUUUCU